ACUUAGCGCCGAAGCUCCGUUUAUUUGUUCUCUGAAUCGAUGACCAUUCCUCGUCUCAAUCUGUUGGUGCGAACUGUCCGAAGCUCCGUUUGUUUGUUUGUCCUCUGAAUCGAUGACCAUUCCUCGUCUCAAUCUGUUGGUGCGAACUGUCCGAAGCUCCGUUUGUUUGUCCUCUGAAUCGAUGACCAUUCCUCGUCUCAAUUUGUUGAUUAAUUGCUUGGAGACGUACUGGACAUAGCUAGCUUCCAACACCGUGCCAUGUGAUCUUUGCAGGCUCAGUACAGAGAUGAUGUCAAGUAUGAAGAGGACUUCAUUGUGAACUCGCGAGGCAACAGGCUGUUCACCUGCAGAUGGACGCCCAAGAAACUACAGACAAAAGCUUUGAUCUUCAUCUGCCAUGGAUAUGGAUCGGAGUGCAGCAUAUCGAUGGGAGACACCGCCGUGCGAUUGGUGCAUGCCGGCUACGCCGUUUACGGGAUAGACCAAGUGGGGCAUGGCAAAUCUUCUGGCUCCAAGGGUUACAUUUCGAGCUUCAGCGACAUCGUCAAAGACUGUUCCGAUUAUUUCAAGAGCAUUUGCGAGAAGCCAGAGAACAAGAUGAAGAAGAGGUUCCUCUACGGCAUGUCCAUGGGAGGCACCGUGGUGCUUCAGCUCCACAGGAAGGAUCCUACCUACUGGCACGGUGCCGUGUUGCUUGCUCCCAUGUGCAAGCUAGCCGAUGGCAUACGACCUCAUCCGGUCGUGGUCGGGGCUUUGAAGAUGAUCUGCACCGUCGUGCCUAGCUGGAGAGUGGUCCCAGCUCCAGACAUGCUGGACCAAGUCUGUAAAGAUCCCCAGUUCAAGAAAGAGAUCCGUUCCAACCCGUACAUGUACAAAGGGAGAAUGGCGCUGCAGACAGGCCAUGAACUCCUGGCGGCUAGCCUGGACAUCGAGAAGAACCUGCAGGAGGUCACUUUGCCCUUCUUGGUCCUGCACGGGACCGACGACGUGGUGGCGGAUCCUUCCGGGAGCAGGCUGCUCCACGAGCGGGCGUCCAGCAGGGACAAGACCUUCAAGCUCUACCCAGGGAUGUACCACGUGCUCAUGGCCGAGCCGCCGGCCGACGUCGACCGGGUCUUCGCCGACGUCAUGUCGUGGCUGGACCAGAGGGCCGGCGGCGCCGCCAACACCUGUAAUUGAAACUGGACAGAAGUGCAGGACGCAGAGAGGUUGUGGGUACUGUACAUCAGAUGAAAUCAAAGCGUUCUUUAUUAUUACUCAGAAAAUUCUUUAUUUUUAUAGUGCUAAAAAAGAAAAGAAAAGAUGGGCGAAACUUGUCACUGGAAGCUGAUUAGAGUUGCUGGUGCUAAUUAAACCGGAGGUGUUGUGCUCGUAGCGUGGGUGGUGUGCAUUCGCUAACCAACAACCUGCGGAGGAGUAGAAAUUAGAGAUGGCAGUUGGAUGAUGGAUGCUUCAAUCUGACGAAAAGUCGUUCGCUAGCUCCGAGAGGGACGUCUUGCCAAUUUAGCAAUGCCGAUUUGUAGAUCCAAAUCAGAAGGCGCAUACGUGCGUAGGUUGGAGAACGAUUUUGAAUAAAUAAUGCAGCCGCCUGAGUGCA